AUGAAGUUCACCCUCACAACAGCCACCCUCCUCCUGAGCGCCAGCCUCAGCCAGGCUACCGUCGAGGCCGACUCGUCCCUGAACACCACCUCGCUUCGCGCCCGAUACAUGAUGAAAUGGGACAGCUGGCAAGGCAAUGCGCCCUACUCCUUCUGCGACCAAUGCCCCGAGCCCGCACGCGACGGAGCCAAAGGGCCCGUGUCCUGCAACACAAACUCCCACACCUGCGACGGCAAAGCCCUCACCAACGAUAUCUGCGCCCAACAAUGUUCCUGUGACCUGCCCUCCGGCUUCAUUACCUGUAAAGCGUGGUCUGGUUGUCGCGAUCGGACAGUUGAAUGGAAUUGUCAGUGUCACAGUGUGGCCGUGCCUACCGAGGGCAAGUGUAUAGGUUUUAUGUCGUGGGAUCAAGGGCUGCAGGCGCAGAAAACCGGCAAGUGGCCAAGCAUACCGCCGAAUAAGAUCAAAGCGCAUCCAAUUCCACAGGAUGUGUCGGCUUUCAAGAAGAGGGCCUUUGGGCGGUGGGGUGGGUUUGGGCUUUUCUAA